AUGACACCUUCCGACCAGCUCGAAGAUAAGAAGCAACAUCGCAGACUGCAGAACAGAGCCAACCAAAGAGCCCGAAGACUACGUCUAAGAGAAAAGGACUCUGGUACCAAAACGGUCAACCAGGGCCCGUUUGACAUCACGCGAUGGCGUCUCAGUGGCCGCAGCACCGGCCCGCCGCCUCUCUGGCCUGUCGCUUCUGAAAACCAAAGAAUCUUGACCCAACUCGCAAAUAUGAUUCGGGCAGAGGUUGCAGCUAAUACACGGGACGGCGAGAAGACUUGCGAUCACGCUCUACGCUCCGCCUACGAGACCCUCUCGUCGACUCCUUCUCCCAGACGGGACCUCCUGUUAAGCUUGAUACAGUAUAAUGUCCUGCGCGGAAUCUUCGACAACAAACUCGCCAUUAUGAGUUUGGUCACGUACUUUGCCGAUAGCCAGCUCCGGGUCACAUUCCAAAAGGACGACCACCCAACCCGAGCUGUCAUCUUGCCGAGGACGCGCGAGGCCCUCCCGCCAUCCCUUCUACCAACAGAAUUGCAGAUGACAGCCGAGCACCCGACUUGGAUGGACACGCUCCCGUUUCCAAAUAUGCGCGACAACUUGAUUAAGCGGGAAGGGGGCUUUGAUCCCCGUGAAUUCGCCCAGGACCUUGUUGGCGACCUUCUGGACAUUACCAGGCACUACAUGCCAGAAUCCGAAAAAUUUUCCGGUGAUUAUCUUGGAUCUGGUCCCCUGCAAGGGGACGAUGAGCUCACUACGACACGCAACGGCCUCAUUGUAUGGGGAGAGCCGUAUAACGCCGGAAAUUGGGAAGCCACUCCAGGGUUUGUACGCAAGUGGCGGUGGGUCAUGGAAGGCUGUGAAUGUCUGAUUGAGUCUACUAAUCGUUGGCGGGAGAGUCGGGGCGAGGAACCUCUUGCUGGGAUGUCUGCCCACUGA